UACACUUCAAAAUAGUUCCCGAACAUCUCAAAUUUUCGCAAAAGAUAAUAUAUUUUUUAGAAUUACUUUAAAAGAGUAGCAAUUUUUACAAUGGAACCAAAACUUAGCUCCGGCGACAAUCCAGCAAGCAAGCGGCUCGCCAUGGGGCUGAGUUCAGACUCUGAAGCAGAUAUUUCUAACAAGAAGGACUAUACUAAGGAAUUUUGUAUUUAUCAGAGAUCUAAGCACACGAAGACCUUGGAGCUGGUUCUAUCGGGGUUCACGCUAUCGGGCAUUAUUUUGCCGCACUUAACCGCUCGCUUAGUCAAGCGCUGUCAAAGGCGUGGCAUCAAUGGCUACAUCAUAAGUAACUUUGAAGGACUACAGGCAUUUGGCGUGAUGGAGGGAUCCGCAAAGGACAUUCAAUAUCUCAAAAAGUGGAUAGAAACCUGCUGUGUGCCACCCAGGCUUACGCGUAGGAUUGUGUUUUCGAUGUCGAAUGGGUUCAAACUUGUGCGACGGCAAAAUUACACAAGUUUUGAGCAGCGACAAGAACGUUAGUCAACACUGAAAGUUAUUCAAGUUCUUAAUUAAACUUUAAAUUGCACUCGAA